AUGUAUGUGGUGAAAAGGGAUGGGAGGCAGGAGGCGGUGCACUUCGACAAGAUAACGGCACGGCUGAAGAAGCUGAGUUAUGGGCUGAGCAGUGAACACUGUGAUCCGGUGCUUGUGGCGCAGAAGGUCUGUGCAGGGGUCUACAAGGGCGUUACCACUAGUCAGCUUGAUGAGUUGGCUGCUGAGACUGCAGCUGCCAUGACGGCCAACCACCCUGACUAUGCUUCUUUGGCAGCGAGGAUUGCCGUUUCAAAUUUGCACAAGAACACAAAGAAAUCAUUUUCUGAGACGACUAAAGACAUGUACAGCCAUGUGAGCGAGCGAUCAGGACUAAAGGCUCCUUUGAUUGCAGAUGAUGUUUAUGAGAUAAUAAUGAAGAAUUCUGCUCGUCUUGAUAGUGAGAUCAUAUAUGACAGAGACUUUGAUUAUGAUUUCUUUGGUUUUAAAACUCUCGAGAGAUCGUAUCUCUUAAAAAUCAGAGGGAAGGUUGUUGAAAGGCCUCAACACAUGUUGAUGAGGGUUUCUGUUGGGAUCCACAAGGAUGAUAUAGAUGCAGCUAUCAAAACAUAUCAUCUAUUGUCUCAGCGAUGGUUUACACAUGCAUCUCCUACACUUUUUAAUGCUGGAACACCAAGGCCACAACUGAGCAGCUGUUUCUUGAUAUGCAUGAAAGAAGAUAGCAUUGAGGGCAUUUAUGAUACUCUGAAAGAGUGUGCUGUUAUCAGCAAAUCAGCUGGGGGAAUUGGUGUCUCUGUUCAUAACAUCCGUGCUACUGGAAGUUACAUUCGUGGAACAAAUGGGGCAUCCAAUGGCAUUGUUCCAAUGCUGCGAGUGUUCAAUGACACAGCUCGAUAUGUUGAUCAGGGAGGUGGCAAGAGGAAAGGUGCUUUUGCUGUGUAUCUUGAACCGUGGCAUGCUGAUAUCUUUGAGUUUCUUGAUUUACGGAAAAACCACGGGAAGGAAGAGCACCGUGCCAGAGAUCUAUUUUAUGCUCUUUGGGUGCCUGAUUUAUUUAUGCAGAGAGUCCAAUCUAAUGGACAAUGGUCAUUGUUUUGUCCAAAUGAGGCUCCUGGAUUGGCUGAUUGUUGGGGUGAAGAGUUUGAGACUCUGUACACACAAUAUGAGAAACAGGGCAAAGCUAAGAAGGUUGUCCAGGCGCAGAAUCUUUGGUUUGAAAUCUUAAAAUCCCAGAUUGAAACUGGAACUCCUUAUAUGCUGUAUAAGGACACUUGCAACAAAAAAAGCAACCAGCAGAAUUUGGGAACCAUUAAAUCCUCUAACUUGUGCACUGAGAUAAUUGAAUACACAAGUCCAACUGAAACUGCUGUAUGCAAUCUAGCAUCAAUUGCUCUACCACGAUAUGUUAGGGAGAAGGGAGUGCCCAUGGAAGCACAACCGUCAAAGCUUGUAGGCAGUAUAGGGUGUAAAAACCGAUACUUUGAUUUUGACAAGCUGGCUGAGGUCACUGCAUUAGUAACAACAAACCUUAACAAGAUAAUUGAUGUCAAUUAUUACCCUGUUGAAACUGCAAAAAGAUCUAAUAUGAGACACAGGCCAGUAGGGAUUGGGGUUCAGGGUCUUGCAGAUACUUUCAUUUUGCUUGGCAUGGCAUUUGAUUCUCCUGAGGCUCAAAAGUUGAACAAGGACAUAUUUGAGACCAUAUACUACCAUGCUUUAAAAGCUUCAUCUGAAUUAGCUUCAAAAGAAGGUGCAUAUGAGACAUAUAUUGGCAGUCCUGUGAGCAAGGGAAUUCUUCAGCCAGACAUGUGGGGAGUGAAGCCUUCAGAUAGAUGGGAUUGGGAUGCUCUCCGAGAAAUGAUAAUGAAAAAUGGAGUAAGAAAUUCACUUCUUGUAGCACCUAUGCCCACUGCUUCGACCAGCCAGAUUCUUGGGAAUAAUGAGUGCUUUGAGCCAUAUACUUCCAAUAUCUACAGUCGCCGAGUUUUAAGUGGUGAGUUUGUUGUGGUGAACAAACAUCUUCUUCAUGAUUUGACUGAGAUGGGUCUUUGGUCGCCUGCUCUUAAGAAUAGGAUAAUCUAUGAGGAUGGUUCUGUUCAGAAAAUUCUAGAGAUUCCUGAAGAUUUUAAAGUUAUUUACAAGACUGUUUGGGAGAUCAAACAACGAAUAUUGGUUGACAUGGCUGUUGACCGUGGAUGCUUCAUAGACCAGAGUCAAAGCCUCAACAUUCACAUGGAUCAGCCUAAUUUUGGAAAGCUUACUUCUCUGCACUUCCAUGCAUGGUCAAGGGGUUUGAAGACUGGUAUGUACUAUCUAAGAUCACGUGCUGCAGCUGAUGCUAUCAAAUUCACUGUUGACACUUCAAUGAUAAAGGAUAAGCCCAAGGUGGUAGCUGAUGAUGAAAAUAAUAAUAUGGCACAAUUGGUCUGUUCUUUAACUAACCGGGAUGAGUGCUUGGCUUGUGGAAGUUAG